ACCGGUCCAAACGAAGCAAUCUACUCAUAUUAAAAUUUUCGAUUAAGACAGACGAGAAAUGAAGGAGGAUAAUAAUAAUAUGCAAGCACAACAUAUUGUAAUACCAUGUCCUCAUUUUGUUUGCCUCUGCAUCAUUCCAUUGGCUUUUGCUCUGCUGCUGCUGCUGUUGCUGUAUAUUUCAGAGAUGAUUAUAAUGCAAAGCAGCCAGUGGAUAAGGGACUACUAGUACUAGAUCCCCGUGCCCACCGGCCACCUCCACAGACCUCAGUUUAUAUUUCAAUGUUGAUUAAGACAUCACAAAGCACUAAGCUGUGCUUAAUUAGGUUAAUAAUACCCAUUAGCAGUGACGCAUGAUAAGAACACGAGAGGCAUUAAAUAUUGUUGGGGGACUCAUAAUAGUUCAGGUGAAUCCAAGAUUAUGAAGGUUACUUAAUAUACUAAAGAUACAAAGUACUUUUAGAAUUGAUACCUAGCUAGCACAUGUGAGACUUAAACCUGGGGGGCUUUGUUUUUGCCUUUCUUCUCACAAGUCACAUUUCAACUUAAUAUUUAAUAAGCCACACAGAGAAAAGAACAGAGUACUUUUUGGGAAGGGGAGCAGCAGAAGACAGAGGAAUCAACCGACCAGAACUAGUAACCUUUGUAACCACAACCAAAACAAGCAACUCUUAUUGUUGGUAUUCAACUGCAAAACCAUCAAACUCCCCUCCUGAGAAAACCAUUUCCUAUAUAAACCCCACAACCAUGGCUCAGUCAUUUCAUCAAACUCAUCUCAAAACCCAGCAGCAAAGCAAGCAAGUUCAUUCAGCAUUCAAGUUAUUUUACCCUCUUCUCUUCUGUUUUCAAAUCUAAAUACAAACAAUGGCAAAGAAUGUGGCUCAAUCUCCCCUGGAAACCAGCAUGGCUUCACUUGACCAAAGGUUGGCCAUGGCCAAGCGUUGCUCUCAUGAGGGAGUGGUUGCCGGAGCAAAGGCAGCUGUCCUAGCUGGCAUUGCUACUGCUAUCCCAACUCUGACUAGUGCAAGAGUGCUUCCAUGGGCAAGAGCUAAUCUCAAUCACACUGCCCAAGCUCUCAUCAUCUCCACAGUUGCUGGAGCAGCCUAUUUCAUAGUUGCUGACAAGACUGUCCUAGCUACUGCAAGAAAGAACUCACUCAAGCAUGCUUCCAACAAUUGAAGAAGCAUGGAUUCUAGUUUCUACUAUGACCAAUUAUGUGAACUUCAUCCACUGUUGUUUAAAAAUAAGAUGAACUUCACUUAUGAAACUAAGACAUAUAUGUAUUCAGCAAUUGGAGUAAUCAAACGGGAACUUAGUUCAGUUUACUUACAUGGUUUACCAGUAGUCGUUACACGAACACAGCCCAUCUUUGAAAUGGUGGAACCGAUUUCUAUCUCUAGCAAUGAUUUCUCUGUUAAAUAUCUUCGAAAUCAGCUUAGUUGCAGAGUGGCAGUUACCACAAACACGCAGAUUCUUCACUAUCCGUAUGGUAGUCCCUGGCUUUGUACUGAUCAACCCAAAAGCAAUGGCCAGCUUCUCGCUAUGAUGGCUCAGAGCCUCUUGUUUCCAUUCCUCUUCCAUAUCAUACAACACCUCGGAAGUAUCCGGCACAAACCCAGAUUUCUCCAACAAAUCAUCUAUCUCAUCCACCAUCUCAUAGAUUUCAUCGCUCUGAGAAUGAGUCUUGUCACCAACUAGAAACUCAUGAACAACACUAUCCACCUCAAUAGAACUACAACCGGGAACUUUCUCCAGUCCUCUAUCGUUUAUCCUAGUUCUUAUUCUCGCCACAUCAUCCCAUUUCCCAGCUUUAGCAUAGAUAUUUGACAGGAGUACGUACGCACCAGUGUUUUCAGGCUCCAACUCGAAAACACGCUUGGCAGCCAUUUCGGCCAAAUCCACUCGUCCAUGAAGCCUACAAGCGCCAAGCAGAGAACCCCAUAUGGCUCCAUCAGGGUUCACUACCAUAUCAUCUAUCAGUAUCUCUGCUUCAUCGAAUAGCCCAGCUUUGCCUAGAAGAUCUAUCAUGCAACCAUAGUGUUGAAGUUUAGGCGUAAAGUUAUAAUCUUCUACCAUUGAAGUAAAGUACUUCCUUCCAAGUUCUACGAAACCACCAUGGUUACAAGCAGAUAAUAUACCAACAAAGGUGAUGUCGUCUGGUACAAACCCUUCGUUUGUCAUUCUGGAGAAGAGUUCGAGUGCCAUGUCAACAAACCCGUGCAUGGCUAACCCAGAUAUCAUUGCAUUCCAAGAAGCCAAACUUUUAAUUUCCAUGGAAUCAAAGAUUCGUUUGGCUGCCAUGAUAUCGCCGCAUUUGGCAUACAUGUCAAUAAGGCUUGUCGAUAGAGCACUAUUUCUAGUCAACUGAAAUUUGUUCAUGUUCUUGUCUAUAUGAGCAUGGAUCCAUUUACCGAGAGUUAGAGCACCUGAGUUUGAAACAGCGGGAAGAAUGCUUACCAAGGUUACCUCAUUAGGGUCAACAUUUGAUUUGAGCAUCCUUCUGAAAAUCUCCAGUGCUUCCUUGUAACAGCCCAUGUGGUUAUACCCACCAAUCAUAGCGUUCCAUGAGACAACACUCUUGGUUUCCAUGUUAUCAAACAUGUUCUUAGCUCUUUCUAGAUCUCCGCACUUAGCAUACAUGUCAACAAGACCAUUGGCAAGCCUGAGAUUUGAUCCUAGCCCAUGAUCCUCAAUCCAUGAAUGCACCCAAUUGCCUAGCUCAAGAGAUCCUGAAUUCGCACACGCCGAAAGGACAGACAGCAUAGUGCUCACGUUCGGGGUAAUUCUCAUCCUAACCAUGCCCUCGAAGAAAUCUAGUGCCUCUUCAUAUAGGUUAUUCUGGAUAUAGCCUGAAAUCAUAGCAUUCCACGACACUACAUCUCUAACAGGCAUUUCAUCGAACAGUUUCCGGGCCUCAUCCAUAAGCCCACUCGAACCAUACCCAUUGAUCAAAGCAGUAUACGAAAUCGGAUCUCUCUUAGGACUUUUGUCGAACACUGAUCUUGCAUGACCCAAUUCACCAUUCUGAGCGUACAUAUUGAUCAGGGAAGUAUGCACAAACGGAUCGUUCUCAACGCCGAGCUUCAGAACAUGUCCAUGGAUUUGCUUCCCUUCAUGUGCAUUCCCCAGCUUCGCGCACGACUUCAAAACGAAGGGGAACGUAUGGUUAUUCGGCUCCAAACCAGCCACCAUCAUACGGAUGUAAAAUUCCACGGCCAGAGCAGGGGAUUCACUCAGCGCGAAUCCCCUGAUUACGUGGUUCCAGAUUCUCUGAUCAGGGUUUUCGACUGUGUCAAAGAGCGACAGAGCAUAGGGAAGGUCGCCGAAGGGAGAAACUGCGCAGAACUCAAUUAGCUUGGUGAGAGCGAACUGGGUGUUGUUGUGGUGGAGGAGGCCGGUUUUGAUGACGAGCGAGUGGAUUUGCUUGAGAGUUCGGAUGUCUUUGCAGGUGGAGAGAAGAGCGAGAGGCGGGUGGUUUGGGAGGAAUUGGGACGGAGGAUCUGUGACGGAUAGGGAAUGGGGAACUACGGUUGAUGAAACUGCGAGCGGAGAAGAAGAUGAAGAAGAAAACGCCGCCAUUGCCA